AUGUCUUUACCUACUGAAUGUUCUAGUAACAUACUCUAUUUUCUUGAUAAGAGAGAAAAACAAUUUUAUUCCCAGGACAAGCACAUGAUCAUUAAUUCCCUCUAUAAUAAGAUUGAAUUAUCAAGUAGGAUUCAAAAAAUAUAUCAUAUGAUUAUUAGAAAAAGUACAACUUUUCAGGAAUUUGAAGUAAAUGCAACACAGAAAAAUUUUGUUGGCUUACCUAAAGGUUCCACUUUUACAAAUUAUGAACCUGGAUCAAUAUUUAAUUUAGAUUUAAUAACCGAUGAUGAAAAACAUCAGAAUACCAUUAAGGUGAAUGUCCUGUCAGGAGACGGUCCAUAAGCGAAUAGUGCAUUCACAAAACAAUAUUUGGAUAUUAUCAAAUUACAACCUUUAUAGAAAAUAUAUUAAUUAAAGUUUCUAAUUUGGAAUUGGAAUUUCGAAUA